GACAUUUUGUGAUUACAGUUUGUAGUUGGAGGAACUGGAGAAGUUGAUCAAGAUUGCUUAGAAAUAUUAAGUGCGUGAAAACCCUGUGUAAUUACAUUAUCAUUGAUUAUAGUGUUUUAUCAAAUUACGAACUGUAGAAGACAAGCUGAACCAAUAAUAUAUUUCUUAUUUUGAUUGCAAGUAUAGUCCUUCAAUAUGGCAGAGUCCAACAUAGAAGAUAAGAUGAAAAAUUUAAACUUUAACUCUGAUAUCAACAUACUAUUAUUAGGAGCAUCAGGAGUGGGCAAAUCAACUCUAAUCAAUGCAUUUGCCAACUAUCUUACUUUCACUGAUCUUAAGGAAGCGAAAAAAAAUAAACCAAUGGUACUCAUUCCUAGCAAGUUCACUGUGUCCGAUAAAGAGGGGGAAUUACAUGAUAUUACUGCAGGAAACCCAGAUGAAAACGAAUUUAUACAAACUGGGGAAUCUGCUACGCAGGACGUGAAAACUUAUGUUUUUCCUAUUUGGGAUGGUUCAAUAAAAAUACGUCUCAUUGACACUCCAGGAAUGAUUGAUAACAGAGGAAUAGAUCAGGACGAUAUAAAUGCCGAAAAUAUCUUAAGAUAUAUUGCCAACUUACACGAAUUGCACGCUAUUUGUUUUCUUUUAAAGCCUAACGAAGCCAGAUACACAGUCUUUUUCCAAUACUGUAUGAAUCAAAUUUUUUCACGCUUGGAUAAGACAGCAUGCGACAAUAUCAUUUUUUGUUUUACACAUACGAGAGGAUCGGAUUAUGGAGCUGGAGAAUCCAUUAAAAUAUUGGAAAAGGCAAUAAACGAAAUUGCCAGCCGUCCUCCUUAUGCUAAAAUUAGUAUGAAGAGAAAUAUUUUUUAUUUUGAUAACGAACCGUUUAAAUAUCUCUCAGCCGUUCAGCAAGGUAUUCAAUUUGACUCAAAUAUUAAACAAAGAAAUAAAGAGAGCUGGGAAAAGUCUGCCCAACAGAGUUGGAGAUUAAUUAAAUAUAUAACUGGAGAUAGCAAAAAUAAGCCACUAAGACCGCACUUUGUAAAAAGUACAAACGCUAUCAACGAAGCGAGAAGAAUGAUCACUCAACUCUCACAACCUCUGGCAGAGAUAACCCAAUUAAUACAUCACAACAUGAGUGUUUUAGAAAGACACAACGAAAUAUUACAGAAUGCUAAUGCUUCUUUAGAAGAAAUGAAAAACAAGCUUUAUGUACCAGUUAUUGCUUUGGAAAGUACUACCUUAAGUCAACCUGUAACAGUUUGUGCAGCAAGAAAGUGUUGUGAAGUUUAUACUGUAGGAGGAAAAAAUGUUUUUCAUUAUAAACAGAGAUGUCACGAUCCAUGCUACUUACAACAAGUUCCUAAAGAAAUUAUUGGUGCAGCGGAACUAAUACACUGUGCGGCGAUGAACGGAACCUCAACUUGUGGCAAGUGCAUGUGUGACUUUAAAGUGCACAUGCACGUGUAUUAUCUAACAAAAACUGUAGAAAAAGAAGAAGUUGAUGAAAAUAUCCAAAGAAACAUAACCAACAGAGAAGGUCUGAUAAAAAGUAAACAACAAGUAAUAAAAAAUAUAGAAGUAAAGCAUAGUGAGUUACACAACGAACAUCAAGUUGUUGUAGAAGCUUGUGCUAAAUUUGCUCACUUCUUACAAAACAACGCUAUCACUCCGUUCAAUGAUUCCUACAAGGAGUAUAUUGAGUAUCUUAUUAACAGAGAAAGGUCAUUGGGAAGAGACUGUAAUAAAGAAACAGUCAGACAUCUUGAAGGGCUUUUACUUCAGUACGUCGAAAUCAAAAAACGUUUUGAUGAAGCUCUUAAGAGUAACAAAGCCAUCGGCAAAGAUGCUGUCAUUACUGCUCAGGAUGUCAGUGAAGCUAUUAAUAAGUUGUAUAGUUUAAAACAUAAUGGCAAAAAAAUUAAAGAACUCUACACUUGCCAGAAAAAUUCAAGAACUAAGGAAUUCAAAAACACGGAAUAUAUUCACAAUAUGUCUAGCAAGCCCAAAGAAGACAAUAAAAAGAAGGACCAGAAACAAAAAUCUGAAAGAGAUGGUAAAGAAAAUGAUAAAGAAAAGAAGAACAAAGGUAGAGAUAGAAGUCAGACCAGGAAACCCAAUAAAGACAAUAGAAAUAGAAACGAAGGCAGAAAUCGUAGUCCUCCACCAAAUUACAAUGAAGCUACUAAUAGAUCUAGACCACAAAAUGCUAAUCAACCGUUUAUACCGCCUUUAUUAUCUCCGAAUGCAUUCGGUCCCGCUCCACAAGGUGCAUUUGGCCCUUUUCCGCAACAAUACGGUCCUCCACAAGGCGGAUAUGGGUAUGGGCCGCAAGGAGGAAAUGUUGGUCCUUCCCAAUGGCAAAUGGGGAAUCAAUCAGGCUCUAAUACUGGCGCACCUGAAUAUGAUAUAAAGAUUUCUGUUAAAAAUGACGGUCAUGCAUCUGGGCCCAACGGUGCAAAUUAUCCUCCAAAUAACCCAUCGUAUAAUCAGCAAUGGUUUCCUCCUCAAUUCCCCAAUCAAUACGGCGGAAACAACCCGUACCCACCCAAUUCGAACCAACAACAUCCAAUGAAUUGGAAUUCACAGCAUCCGCCAAAUUGGGUCCAACCUCCGGCAAACUGGAACCAGCAUAAUUAUCAUCAUGGAGUUAACAGACAAGGACCAAGAAAUCAACAAGGUAGAGAAUAUCCUAACAGAGGAAGAGGAGGUAUACAUAAAAACAAGACAGGUCCACGUGGAAAGAACAACGAUCAAAGAAAGUCCGACACUCAGUCUGACAACUUCAAAAAGUCUGACAACUUCAAAAAGUCUGACAACUUCAAAAAGCUCUUCAAAGGGCAAAUCAAGCUCCUCAGAUUCUGGCAAAUCCGAUUCAGAUUAAAAAUAUUGUUCUUUUAUUACUAUUGAUGUAUUAGUAAGUGUUUUAGUAUAAGUACCGUUCGCUCACCUGAAUCUAAAUAAUGAGUUUGUAAAUUUAUAAUCAUUUACUAAACUUUGAAAUUGUUUCGGUUUGCUGUAACACCUACGUGUAUAAGUUUUCUACUUAUCUAUGUGAAAUGAAUAAAAGAAGUAAGUACAGUAUUAAAAACUUUAUUAGUGCAUAAUAUGUCGGUCAGAUCCAAAAGCCACUACAUUUUCUUCACAAUAUGUUACAAGGUGAGAUAGAAUAAGUGAAUCGAUUGUAAUUACGCACCUAUUUGUGCAAUAUUCUAAAUAUUUCUCAACAACAUCGCAUCUAUAGCAACAUAACUGAAAAACAUGAAAGCAAAACUAUUAGUUACCUCACAUCUAUCACCUAAUAUAUAAUUUAUAUUUCAUGGUACUCUUCCACUAAAUAUUACCUUACACUCAACUAUUUCUAAGUCAUCUGUUGUCGUUUUUCCUUUUCUGUAAUCCUAAUUUAGUUUUGCCAAAUAUAUUCUCAAGUCAGCGUCCUAAUACUAUUAUUUUCUGGUUUUAAUUUUUUUUUGUAAUGAAGCUGCAUUUUUUCGAAGUUUUUCUAGAAUAUAGCAAUAUGGCCAGCAGCAAAAUACACCAGUGUGAAUAAAUGUUUUUCCUUUCUGUGUAGUACUCCCAAUUACUUAAUGCUUCUUCUAUUUUGUUUGUAGAAAACUCCUUGGCGAAUCUUUCUGACUUUUGUUACAUUCCAUUCUAUAUGACUACUUUUAUUCUUCUUCCUUCUAGGUCUCUGCCACAAAGUCCCUUCAUGUUCUCAGUUUUCUUCAACCUCUUUUCCUCAACCUCUAGCAGCUCUCUUCGUCCCACGUAGUUCUUAUUUCUACGUCUGCCGUGACCAAAACAUUGUAGUCUUUGCCCUAGAACCGCUUUUGAGACAGUAGUCAGACCCUUUCCCUGAUCACGUUGUUACUGAUCUCCCUUCUACUCUUACGCAACAUCCAAGAAUAUUCUAAUUUUAAGAAGCGGGGCCUAAUAGUUAUUUCAAUUACAAUUUCCUGCAAACAUGUUUUUCAAAACAAUCAUUAGCAACACAUUUUUUGGGUGAGCGAACCUUUUUUUAAUAAUUUUUAAUUUUUGUUGUAUUUGUAAUAUAAAUAACUGCUACAUUAAUUGUUUUCUGGAAAAUAGUGCCAGGUUGAUGGUGAAGUACCCCUAAACGUUUUUAUCGUUUAAUAAGAGAUUGUGUUGAAAUAUCUCUGAGUAUUUUAUGAGGACUAAUAAUAAGAUUAGUUCUUUAUGUAUUAGUCUACCUUGCACUAGGUUUUAAUUAUAAAUAAAGUGCAAUAGUGUCCUUAUGCUGAACGUUAUAGAAAAAUACAUUGUUUUUUUCGUAACGAGGUAGUAAAAAGGCACAAAAGGCAUUUCACACAACAAAUUCUCAAGUGAAAAAAUCUGUUUUAGAUAGAAUUUUACAGGUAUGAACCUCCCAGUCGAGAUUGCAUUGGAUUUUAGAAAGUUAUGGUACAAAUAAAAUUAUUAUUUUUAGUAUUUUACCAGUUUGUUGUUAUUAAUAGAUAAAUUUGCUUUAAAUAGUAUACGUUUCUUAAAAUGUUACAAUGUAAUUAGUACAAAAUAUGACUGGUUCUUGGUGAGGCCCUGUAUAAUUCCGCGUUCAGGUUUAUGGAGCUUUUGUUUGUGGAUAGUUAAGCGAAAAUUAAAGUAUAAAGUGCAGUAAAGUGUCCUUAUAUCGAAACUUACAGAGUAAAUGUAGUAUUGUUUUUAUGAGAUUGAUGAUAAAAGGGCAUUAGGUUAAGGUAGUAGUCGUGGCCUUUCAUAUAGGUUUAUAAGAAACUGCGAAUCUACGUAUUCGUUGGUGUUAAAUUCGGGAGUAAAGAAUAUAUAAAUUCCCUCUCGUACUAAUAUUAGUAGACUGGCUGUAACUGGGAUAAAUAAUGAUACUGUACGACUCUCAUUACUUUCAGAGCACUGUUUAAAAGUAUUUUUAUUUACCUAUAAACUUAUGAGCAACGUUUCGUGGUGUGAAAUUAGUUGGGGAAAAGUUAUAGAUCAUCGUGAAACCAAUUAGAUGUUAUUGGAUAUCAACGUUGAUUUUAAAGUUCCUACCUACUUGUACCUAGUUACAAAGAUUAAACCUCUUUUUCAAUUUCAAUGAUAUAUCCAAAAAUAACUGUUCUGCUAGAUAAACCCCACGUUAGGUGCCAUAAGAUCAACAAGGAGGUGACGUACUUAUCGCAUGUUGUUUAUCCCUACAGUGACAAAUUGUCGAGUUUCUAUUAAACGGUAAACUAAUAACUGGAAAAAUGGUAUAGUGCAGAUAAUUGUAAAAUGUUUCGUUGCAUUUUUCGUUGCUCUGCAAAUGCAGAGUAUGUUUCGUUGAAUAUUUCCUGUGCGUUAUGAUUGUCAAUAAAACUUUAGUUCCUCUUCAUUAUGUGGCAUUUGUGGAUAUAUUUUUAUUUUAUAAUUCCUUGAUAACUCCAAUACUAUUCAGCACAUCUAAAAUUUUAAAGAAAUAAUUGUUUAUUUUCAUGUCACAGUAUGUAGGCGUCUACCCCUGUCUAUUGUGUUGUUGUUGUUUAUACCACAUUUGUUUCUUACCUCAAUAUAUCUUUUAAUAUAUUUGCUUUUUCCUUUUCUGUUUUCUUUGAUUUUUCUUAUUGUCUUCUGUUUCUAAAAUCUCCAGUUGGUUCUUAUAUCUUUAUUUUUAAUAUUCAUGUUCGUCAGGUAUAUGAGAUAAAUGCCGUAUCAGUAUACAUAUAUUUUAUUUAUUGUAACCAGUUACACUUAAUAUUUUACAUAGAUAGUCGUCCGGAAUAAGCUAACGUGUUAAAAAAGUGUACAUUUAUUUGCAAAAAUAGAUGUCCAUUAUUUUCAAACAUAUUUAUUCCCCAUUAUUACGUACUUCACUGGAACAUCAUACCUGGCAAAUUAACUUAUUUAGCUCUUUUCCAUGCCCAUAAAGAAACAAGUGUAAUUCACGAGAAAAUUUGCUAAGCCGUUACCCAACGUUGUAUUUUGUGUUGCCUACCUCGAAGGUACAUUAUAAACGUAUGGCUAACUCUAUCCAAAUAUAUUUGUGAUGUACAAAUCAUUUGGAAACAGCAAUUUGGAACUAUUUAAAACAGGUGGCGAAAGGGUUAAGGUAAAUGAGUAGUUAUUUUAAUUUUUAUUAUAGUGUAUAAUGUUACAUUUAGCUAUAUACUGUUUAUUCAUAAUACCAUAAAUAUUCUAAUAUUGUAAGAAGCAUAAAAAUAUAAAUCAUGCAAAAAAAUUAUUUUGUGAGUAAUAUUUCCGAUCCUGAAAUGCCCUAUAACGUGAACACUGAAAAACGUCAGAUUUUAAGGAGAGAGAAAGAAUUAUAUCCUGACUCACGAAAGAUUUUAUUUCAGAGCAUGUAAGGCUUAUCAGAUUAAAUGAUUUGUACUCUAUUCUGCUUCUUUUUUAAAAUUUUGAAAUAACUUGUACGUGUGUAAUAGAGUAGUGUUGAGAACAUUGUAAAACUGUACACAUUUUCAAUUUUGGCAGUUUAAACAGUACAUCAUUAUAAAACGUACCUAGGAUUGUGUUUGCACAGUUUUUAGAAUCACUGGGAUUGAGGAAAAUGCAUAAAUGUAUUUUUUAUAAUAAUUGUAGAUUAUAAAAUGUUAUUUCUAACUAUUAAGUUUUAGAAUAAUAUGGUUUGGGUUUAAUGUUCAUAUGAGUUGGAAAUAAAGUUAUAAAAUUGUCU